AUGCCGCGCGCGUGUGUCCGCGUCGCCUGCGCAUUUUUGUAUCUGUGUGCGUGCGUGAGGAGUACCCACGUCGCUAAAGAAUAUGUGUGUCAAGAUCCAGAUACGGGGACUCUUCAUGAAAUCAACACCACUUGGCGAUCCACCACUUUCUGCGGAAACUACACAUGUAAACUUAGAAGAAUUAACACUGGGCAACAACCAUCUAAAGUGUUCGUGAGUCUUUUCAACCAAAACCCCAGAGGCAGUAAUAAAGCUAAUUACACAGAUGAAUUCACUUUGACAAAAAUCUUGCCAGAACUCACCAAGGAUAAUGAUAGGCUUUUAAAUAAAGCAGAAAUUGAUAAAAUUACAGAACUACUGCAUUCAGUGAAGAAGAGUGACUUGCAAGCUGUCAUAGAACUGUAUAAUGUAGCUCAAGAAAUGUAUAAGGAUAUGAAAGUCACUGAUGUAAAGGAGGACAGAGCAAAUGAAGCAGUAUCAGGGGAAUCGAGAGACAAAAUUGGUUUACUAAUGCCCUCUUAUUGGUAUGAACCUGCUAAUGAACAUAGAAAGGCCGCUGAUAUGAGGCCAGAAGGAUCUGAACUCGACGGAGCGACUAUAUACUCAGCUAGCCCGUACCCAUAUAUGCAGCCACAACCGUAUUAUUAUGAGCGAAGUCGAACAAACUAUCCCAAUUACUUAACAGGAUCUUUGUCAAAUACUGAGAUUAGACCGGGAUACCCUAAUGUCCCUAAUGUUCCGAUGAGCCGGCCGAGCUUGCCCCCGUAUUACCAACAAAGAAAUGUGUAUGACGGUCCCGCGCCUAGCCCCGGGCCUACCCCACAGGUUCCUUGUAACUCUUGCGCUCGUCCAUAUCAGUAUCAGCCAUUGUCUGUAGCAGCAAACUACCCUCCACGAUCCCCUAGCAAUGUGUAUCCGUAUAUGCUAGCGUACAACUACACUAAUGGCUACAACAAUUUUUAUAAAGGAAAUCCUUGGGCGUAUUAUGAUUACUAUAGAACUAACUAUCCUAACCAGAAAUCUGUAUAUAAUAUGCAAAGAAACCCGACCGUUGUAGAAAAAAGUGUUGAUGGAAAUGCUAAUGCUAAUGUUAAUGCUAAUGUCAAAGAUGAAAAAUCAUGGCAAACUGAUCCUCUAUCCGAAGGUGUUAUUAAUGAAAUCAGAGCAAACAUAGCACAGCGGUCUAAACUUAUUAAUAUACCUCUGAAAAAGAGAAUAAAAUUAGAACGGGUGUCUAAAGUAAUUAAAAUAGAUCAAAAUAAUAGGAAAACAAGGUCAAUACCAAAGGUGCAUAGUGAAGAAAAACAUUCAAGAGAAAGUGAAAUGAGUCAAAAAACAAUAGAAGAAUUAAAAAGUAUUGAAAAUGAAGAAAUAAUGGAAACGUACGUAGAAAGAGUAACGUGCGCGCCAAACACAGAACUAGGGUACUUCAAGAUGGGCAACUUGGAAAAACCAUAUCCCGAAUGCUGCCCGGAAAAAAUUGAAGAUAAACAGAGAUAGGAUUUGUAAACUUUUGCAUGAAU